GUAUUGAGGUCAUACAAUUCAAUAAUGUCUGCGUUCAGCAAAAUUUAACGCUUCGUAAACGGUUUAAUGAUGCAUUGCAAUAGUUUGGAUGUUACGCUGAACACUCUGCGCGUCACCGUUGAUGAAUGCAUGUAUACGAGUAAUAUCGAAUUGUUAAUCUCUUUCUACGGCUAAGUUUGUCUUGCACGCUUACAACUUAGCUUAUUGUGGCUUACGCUAUUUAAGCUGGAGCCAUCAAUCUUAUUCAACACGUUGCGCUUAGAUUCAGCGUACUUUCGGUUAGCUGGAAAACACGUUACAUUGCUGAGCACGUACACACGACAGCUUCUAACGAAGUAUAGCUGCACUCGCGUUGCUUUGAUCAGAAGCGACCAGUCCGAAGGUCGUGUGACGGAAAUUAAUCGGAGACGUCACACCUGACGUCUGAUAAUCAUACAACCGCCUUUUCGCCGUCUCCAUUGCGGAAACAAGUCGAAUAUGGUCGGGAAAUUGGAUUUGCGUCGCGCGCGCGCACGCCUGAACUUCACGCACGAUACGAACCGCGAUAUAGGUUAGGGUGACGCAGAGCGAGACGCGAUGUUUGUGGGGGAUAACAGGAUUGUUUUGAGUACGUGGCCGUUUCGGGGGGUCCGCGAGUUUCGUCUCUAAAGGUCGGGGGGACGGACAAACGAUGCGCGACGGUGCUGGUGGAUCGAGAGGCUGCACACCGACGCAACGACAUUAGCAGGCAACGAUGAUCUUGUUUCGAACUGGCUCGAUACUGGGCCUUCUGAUUCUGGUCAGUGGCUUUCGGGAGUACAAGAAGCGGGAUCUGCUCGCUCUGCGCGAGGAGGUACGCACCAUGUUCGAUUACGCUUACUCCGGCUACCUGACCUACGCCUACCCGUACGACGAGCUGCGCUCGCUCAGCUGCGACGGCUUCGACACCUGGGGCAGCUUCUCGCUGACCCUGAUCGACGCGCUGGACACGCUCGCGGUGAUGGGCAACUUCAGCGAGUUCCGUCGCGUCGCCGAGAUAAUCAGCGCGCGGGCCAACUUCGAGGCCAACAUCAACGUGUCCGUGUUCGAGACGAAUAUCCGCGUGGUGGGCGGGCUGCUGAGCGCUCAUUUGCUGUCGCGCAAGGCCGGCGUCAAGCUGGAGCCCGGCUGGCCCUGCAACGGGCCGCUGCUGCGCCUCGCCGAAGACAUGGCCAAGAGGCUGAUCGCUGCGUUCGACACUCCCACCGGUAUGCCGUACGGCACGGUGAAUCUCAAGUACGGUGUGCCCGAAGGCGAGACCAGCAUCACCUGCACCGCUGGCAUCGGCACGUUCCUCCUGGAAUUCGGUACUCUCUCCAGGCUGACAGGCGAUCCUCUCUACGAGGAAGUAGCCAUGAACGCCAUAAAGGCGCUGCACUACUACAGAUCCAAUAUUGGCCUGGUCGGCAAUCACAUUGACGUGCUGACUGGUCACUGGACCGCCCAGGAUUGCGGCAUCGGCGCCGGGGUGGACUCCUACUUCGAGUACCUAGCCAAAGGCACCUUGCUGUUCCAGGAUCCUCUACUGGCCUCAAUAUUUCGGGAGCACCGACAUGCCAUCGAAAAAUACAUUCGCCGGGAUGAUUGGCACGUGUGGGUCUCCAUGACCAAGGGUCAAGUGACCUUACCAGUGUUCCAAUCUCUAGACGCGUACUGGCCCGGAGUGCUGAGCUUGUUCGGCGAGAUUGGCGACGCGAUGAAGUCGUUGCACAAUUAUCACCGCGUGUGGAAGCAAUUCGGCUUCACUCCGGAAUUCUACAACAUACCACACGCCGACGCGGGAACCAACAGGGAAGGUUAUCCCCUGCGGCCAGAGCUCAUCGAGUCCGUGAUGUAUCUCUACAGAGCGACCAAGGAUCCUUACUUAAUCCAGGUGGGAGUGGACAUUCUCAAGAGCUUGCAGCACAGCGCCAGGACCGCGUGCGGUUACGCGACCAUCAACGACGUGCGGGAUCAUCGCAAGGCCGACCGGAUGGAGUCCUUCUUCCUCGCGGAGACCACCAAGUACCUGUACCUACUCUUCGACACCGACAACUUCAUCCACAACACCGGCUCCGAGGGGGAGAUCAUCGACACGCAAUGGGGCCAGUGUGUGGUGGACGCCGGCGGAUACGUCUUCAACACCGAGGCUCACCCGAUCGAUCCCGGCGCCCUGUACUGCUGCCGACCGGCGCAGGAGAUAUUCCCGGACAGGAAACCGAUGCUGAAGAGAUUCCUACCUGUGCGGGAGCCGUCGGUGGACGGCCUCGCAUCGAGCGAUCAUUAUCAUGAGGACAAAGUCGCUAGUCAGAAUUCGGGCCUGUCGCCGAUCACGAUUGCGAAGCUGUCCGAGAUCAGGUAUUAUCCCACGAGCAAGAAAGAGGAUGUGAGCUUCAACGUGAGCUCGGUGGCGAACGCUUCGGCGACGAGCACGGCGAGCUCAGCCGUGGGUGAAGACACGCGAGUCCAAGAGACGGAGAAGUCGAAUCACAGCGUGACUCCGGACGUGCAGUUGCCCACGCCGGCGCAGAUCCUCGCUCCCUCGUCGGCGAUCUACAAAGCCGACGAUAGCGAGAUUAUGGACGGCCUGGAACCGCCACUCUCGUCCAAUGAGCAGUAUGCCGCUGGCGCGCACAACAGCAACCCGCCCAACGCCACGCCGAGUCCCGCCAAGGGCAGAUUCGAGCCGCAGAUAUUGCUGGAAAACAUCAGACGUGGCAACCUGUACCCGACCAAUGUCACGGCGAGACAGAACUAUCAAACGCUGUCCUGCCAAGCUCAACCAUUCCUACAACGAUUAUCGAUUAUAGGGGAAUUUUUUUAAGCGUUGCUUGGGCUAAUAUUCCGCACAUAUUCACCGACGACUAUCGAUUUGGUAGAUGUGUGUAGAUACACGAUCAAUUCACAGUCUAGACUGCCACGACUUUAAAACUUGACUGCGUAGAUGAUCCUUUACCAAGUCGAUAGUCGUCGGUGCGGAAUAUUGACCCUGGAAGACAUACAAUGCAUUGCAAAACGGUUUAGACACGGUGAAGUCGGGAGCCCACCAAACUAUCAAAAUCAUGAACGUGCUUACACAAUAAUGAUAUAAUUAAGAACACCAAAUGAUAAUAAUAAUAGCAAUAAUUAAUAAUAUAAUUAUUGGGCAAGCCUAUUAUAUAUAUCAUAACAUACAAUAAUGACUCAAUUUUGACGGUUUUAUGAGCUCUCAACUUCAUAAGUCAUAUUUGCAAGGCGCUAUACACACUUGCGAAGAAUCUGUUCUCGAGAUCUUGUUUAUUUUCCAUUGCAGUGCCCUUCCUGAAGCAAAUUUCGCUGGGAACUUGCUGUUUUUCGCGCGAGAUACGCUGUAAUUUAAAAUAUAUUCCUGUGAUAAUAGUUGCUGUAUAAUUUUUAAAUAAAUAUAAAGUCUGUAAAUAAUGUAUAUGAGUUACAUCAUACAAUAUAUGUGGGAUAUUUUAAA